AUGGAGACCGCUCCCCUGACUUUGGCUCAUACCCACGCUCGCAAUGCAGUUCUCGAGACUCGCAAGUCGAACCCCGUAGCAGCCAGCGAGGAACAUGACCUCGCUGCAGGAGAAUUUGCCACUGCAGCCCAGAAUAGCUCUGAUAAAGAGGCUCUACGGACUCUCCACUUGCUCGAACAACAUCACAAAAAGCUGGCCCAGAUCCUCCGUAUUCAACAUGAGAAUCCCCCAAGCAAUGCAGACACCGGUGCGAAUGCCCAGCUCUCCACGGAAUCGGGGGCGAGAGCAUCCCCCUCCACCACUGAUCCCCAACAUCUCCCGCGGCUAUCCGGACACCCUCGUCUGCCAUCUAGAGAGUCAUCCUCCAUUGCCAGCAACCUAGCAUCCGCACGAGGCAUUCCCGCACACCGUGCCUCUCCGGCAUCGCCAACAAUCGCUCCCCAGCAAGCCGGAGCCAAGAUGACCGACGGACCAAGCAAGAUCCGAACAAGCGAGUCCCGACUACGAGGUACCGCACAGAUGCAAGGGAUGAGGGAGCGUGAGCGUGAGCGCGAGCGCCACCGCACCCCAGCAUCCGCCCGACAACCUUGGAUCCCGCCAACGCCCAGCCCAACCGACAUCACCUCGCAGCAGUACGCGCCAGCGGAGCCCUCAGAGCCAUCCCGCCCACGAGCCUCCCUCACCGAGGAACCCUUCCAAAAGUUCUACUCCACCUUCGAAGGCCUCAUCUCCAAGAUCUCCGCACCCCUAGCCUUCGCCGGCCUCCCCUUAGGCACCGACCCAUCCUCCACACAACCCUCUACAAGCCGCAAAUCCGCCCCGGACACCAAAACCGACCGCUACAACGCCGUCCCCGACCGCACCGCCGAACCAGACAUCAACAAGCUCUUCUCCCGCGCCGCUCUCCAAGCCAUCAAAGACAACACCGGCGGAGCAGGCGGCGGAACCGGCAGCGCCGCCGAAUCCUUCUACGUGGUUCCCACCACUGGCGGCACAGUCUCCUACGCAGGGAUCCUGACGCGGGCCGAAAAAGAAGCCCGAAGAAGCAGCUUCGAGGACGCCGCCGAGGAAGACUUCGUCGACGCCCGCGAGACCCCUCCAUCCCCGGAACUCCGCCAAAGUCUCUCCGGAGCAGCAGCAGCACCGAUGGGCAGCAAGGCCGCAGCCCGGAACAACAACACCAGCCAGAGCGAGAAAUUCUCCCGACUCACCCAGAACCCUAAAACCAUGGAAGAACUACAAAUGGAGAACCAAGCCCUCCGCCAUCUAUCCGAUACUCUAUCCAAGCGGCUACACAUGUGGGAAGUCAAUGCCCAAUCCAGCUCCAUGGCGCUGCAACAAUCCCUGAGAGCUAUGCACCAUACUCAGAAUGUCCCGUCCCUGGACCAACCUCAUAACCAAUCGCAAGGAUCUUCACCAGUCACAACUACUGGUGGUGGUGGUGUUGGUGGUGGCGGCAUCUCCUCACCUCCAGUCCCAGCAACAGAUUACGACCAGCGCAUCAAGGAUUUAGAGGAAAUGGUCCGUCGCGGCGAGAAGGAACUUGGUAAAGUUGGCCGCGAGAACGAUAAGCUCCGCGAUGUGCUGGGCCGGUAUAGAGAGCGGUGGGAGAAGUUGAAGGAGGGGGCGAAGUCGAGACGGGCGGGUGCGACUGGUACUGCUGCUGCUGGUGCCACUACUUCUGCUGGUGCUCCUGGCGCUACUACUCGGCCAGGUAGCAGUAGCAGACGAUCGAGUACACAGCAAGGAGUGGCAGAUACAGAGGACGGGUCAUCAAAAGCAGGGGGCGGAGAGACGACGACGACAACGGAGAAUGCAGACACUUCGAAUGGUGAGCGGGAGGGGUCUGAUUAA